UAGAUGGCCUGGCUCGACUUGCAGGGACCGCACGGGCUCUGUUUCGAUUGCUCAGGCCUGGGCAGACUCCAGCCUUGUGUCUUUAAGGAACUGGCUCGUCCGUUGUCAACAGGCUGCGCGCGGACACGAGCCGUCGAAACUACUCGGAACGUGGAAGUGACUCGAGACGUGAACGUGUCGAGAGAAAAUAACGUCAAAUCGCUUCGGAAGUUCAGUGUUUUGCUCGUCGUUUCCAGACUUAAAGUGAAACCCCCGCUGGCACACGAAGCCCCCUGAGCACCAUGGCCAUGUGGAACUUGACUCUUCAGAAGCAGAUGCGAGUCCCAGACUGGAUUGAAUGGCAGUGAGGAUCCAAGACUCAGUGGGAGUACUGCAAUGACCAGUCAGCAUCUUGGCCAUGCAGAGAGCGUUAAUUCCACAGACAAACAGCCACCUGCUGUGGCCCCCAAGCUCCAUGUACAGCGAUCGCUGUCAAAGGACAACAUCACAAUCCACUUCUCAGCUUUUGGGAAGGAGGAGGAGGAAGAAGAGCUGUACAGUACAUUCGUGGCCACUACCUCAACCGUGCAGGAUGCCUCAAAUAUCGUGACAGCCGUAGAAGCCAGCGAGGUGAUGUUUGAAGGAGUGCCGAUGGACUCUGCAGCCAAGGUCGCUGUCAUUCCUGAAACAUCCAGACUUUCUCCCGUGUCAAGACAUCACAAUGUCAGUUCUCCCACACAAUCUCCAUCAAGGUGUAUUGCUGAGCAAAAAGGUAUAUUUUCCAGCUCCUCUCCCACUAAAUCUUUGAGCUUUCCCUCAAGUGAAAAACCUUUUCUCAGUUUGGUGAAGUGUCUUUCCUCCGAAGCCCCUGAGACUCAUGACAGAGUAUCUUCUGUUCCUGCUACAUCAGUGAAGCACAGGCAUCUCAUGAAGACUCUCGUCAAGUCUUUAUCUUCAGAUGCAUCCCAGGAAUCCUCCUCCUCUUCCACAUCCUACCGUCUUCCAGAAUCCCGCCUUAACCUGCAACUUUUUAAGCAAUUCACACAGUCCCGGAUGCCGUCUGCUACCAUGUCGUCAGCUGGUGACUCUAAAACUGCCCCUUCCUCUCCUUUGACCUCAACUGAUAGCCGCAGCUUCUUCAAAGUCUCAGAUGUCGAGGCACGAAUUGAAGACACUAAGCGUCGCUUCUCUGAAGUCAUCUCAGAACCGCUCCAGAUGCUGAGUAAGAUCAUUGAUGAAAAGAGCAGCAGCUUAGUUAGCGGCAGCAUUUACCGGCCAAAGGCACUCUCUGUCAGUGCCUCAGAACUCUCCAACAUUACUUCUAUCAAUGGUCACCUGGAGAGUAACAACAAUAAUUGCAUCAAGGAGGAAGAAGGAGGCUGGGAGGAUGAGAGCUCCAACAGUGGGGCCUCUGGUCCACCUGAAGCCCUGGUUCCCUCCACUGUGGACAGUAAGAGCCCCAACACACCAUCUUUACUUUCUAUUUCAUUGGAAAAGUGUUCUAUGUCUGCUCUUGCUAAACAGGAGGAUGAGGACUUUUGCGUCCUGCACAGUGAGGACUUUGAAACUUGUACUGACACAGAAGGAGAUGGAAGUGAUAGAACUGAUGAUACUGGAACUGGAAGUCAAACCAAAGUGCUACUAAGUGGUAGUACUGAACCGUGCAGUGAAGAUGAAUCUGAAAGUAUUGUUCCAGUACCUAGUGUCCCUCACUAUACUCUCAUCACCCUCACUGUACUGGUCUAUGGGUACUUUGUGUUACCUCUGCCCACCUACAUUGGAGGAAUGCUACUCGGGGUUGGGCUUGGAUUUCUUUUAGCCAUCGGAGUUGUGUGGCUAACGGGACCAAGACCUUCUGGUGGUUUUAGAAAUUCCAGACAACAUGGGAAACUUUCGAAUCUGAUCAGGUUGGAAAUUAAGGAACCAGAAAUCUACAAGGGCUGGAUGAAUGAGAUAUCAAACUACGACCCAGAGACGUACCACGCCACACUGACCCACUCUGUCUUUGUCCGGUUGGAGGGCUCCAUCAUUCGUCUGUCUAAGCCCAACCACAACAUCCCCCGCCGUGCUGCACACAAUGAGCCAAAACCCGAUGUCAACUACAUCAGUCAGAAGAUCUAUGACGUUACCAACAGCAAGGUAUACCUAAUGCCUCUGAGCCUGGCCAGGAAGCGUGUGUGGAACAAAAAAUACCCUAUCUGUAUCCAGCUUGGCAAACAAGAUGACUUCAUGUCAAAGGCCGAGGGUUGGGAUGCCGAUGAGGGCACGAGCAUAAGGGACAGAGGAGAGGGCAGUGGAGGACCACAGGAGCGAGGAUCUGCAUCUUCAUCCAGUAGAAAGCUGACCCUUUACUUGUUUGCAAGGACUGGAAGGGAGAAGGAGGAGUGGUUCCAGCGGUUCCUCUCAGCUUCCAAGCUCAAGGCCGACGUGAAGAAAUCUCCCAGUGUUGCAGGGACUAAAAGUGGUCAGAGCUCUCACAGCCGCAGCAGCAGCCGCAGCAGUCUGGAUGAGCUUCAUAUUUCUCAACUAAGGCCAAAGGACUCCUCGGUCCCCACAACAGCAGCAGGUAGUGCCAAAACCAAGUCACUGUUGGACUACAGUGUCUAUAUGGCCAGUUUACUGCCAGAACAGGGGACAGUCAGCCCUACAACUGCCAGCACUGCUGUACUGAGUCCUCAGAGCAGCCCUGGAGCUGACAAGAAGCUUCAGAACAGCACUUCAGCUCAGGUUCAGCCCAGAGGGGAGGAGGAGGAGGCUGUUGCCUGGGUGAAUGCUGCUCUUGGUCGGGUCUUCUGGGACUUUCUGAACGAACCUUACUGGGCUGAACUGGUCUCCAAGAAGAUUCAGAUGAAGCUCAGCAAGAUACGGCUGCCUUACUUCAUGAACGAGCUUACCCUGACAGAACUGGACAUGGGCUCAGCCACUCCCAAAAUCCUUUGGGCAUCCAAGCCUUCAAUUGACUACAGAGGGCUGUGGUUCGACCUGGAGAUUUCUUACAGUGGCUCCUUCCUGAUGACCUUGGAGACUAAGAUGAACUUAAUUCGCCUGGGCAAGGAGGGAGAGAGCCACCGCUUAGGGGAAGAGGGCAACGAUGGAUGCAGGCCACGGACUUACUGUCUGGCUGAUAGUGAUGAAGAGUCGUCCAGCGCAGGCUCAUCAGAUGAGGAAGACUCCUCUGAGCUCUCGAAUGACUCUGCAGGAGCCGAAGGUUUGGUUGGAGGCCACAAGCCGAGCAAGAUCAUGCGCUUUGUGGACAAGAUUACCAAGUCCAAAUACUUCCAGAAGGCUACAGAAACGGAGUUCAUCAAAAAGAAGAUGGAAGAAGUAUCAAACACACCCCUCCUGCUCACAGUAGAGGUGCAGGAACUGCAAGGAAUGCUGGCUGUCAACAUACCCCCUCCACCCACUGACAGAAUAUGGUAUGGCUUUAGGAAGCCACCUCACCUGGAACUGAAGGCGCGACCGAAGCUUGGAGAAAGAGAAGUCACUUUGCCUCAUGUUACAGACUGGAUAGAGAAAAAACUGAACCAGGAAUUCCAGAAAGUCUUUGUAAUGCCAAACAUGGACGAUGUGUGGCUGACCAUCAUGCAUACUGCCAUGGACCCUCGCACAGCCAGUGGACCAUCAGUUGUCUCCACAGGUGACACAGAGCCUUCACAGCCAGAGAGCGACAGCUCCAGCCAGCCAUAAAGAUUGUUUACAGUAUUUCCAAGAGCUUAUGAAGUCAAGAGAUGCAAACUGGAGCCAAAGUCGAUAUGUGAGACACUACUAUAAUACAGCCACAUUCCCGGGGGGUGGGUUUAAAGGAUUAUGGUAGAGUUGACCAAGAAAUACACUUUAUGACACACUAACCGUUGCUUGCUGCUCUGUUCAGUAGUAUUUAAGGUGCCAGAGGAAAGGGUGACUUGUCUUUGAAGGAUUUAUAUAAUAAUAAGGACCUAUUAAAUAGGGACUGAUAUGUGAAGAGAGUUGUGUGAGGUUUAAGUUAAUAAGUAUAUAUGUGGAUACAGAAGUUUAUAAUGUCCUUAAUGAACACUGAUGUGGGAGCAUUCACCAGAUACCUUACAGCCUGCAGAUGAGUCUUUGCUGCAGCUUGAAAGUGCGAUUAUGCAUCGUAGCCCCUUUUAUAAUAGAAAAACAGCAAGUGGUGAUUUACAGUAUGAUAGUAUGUUGUGAAUGAUUACUGAGUGGAGGAGACAUGUUGGUUCCAUUGUUGAGGAUUAAGUGUAAGCAGUUUUUGAUCAGGUGUUAACUAACAGUAUUAAUUUGUGCUGUGACCUCACCCUGAACACCCCCCAUUCAUUUGCCAAACCCCUCUUUGUAUACCAAUGAUGCCGUUAUCCAUAUCUGUAUGAAAAUGUUGCUCAAGUGCAAACAUACGUUAUGUAGAGGGAAGCAUCAUUCACUCUGUAAAUUCCACUCUAAUGAAAACAAGUGCAAUGACAGAAACGCUACACAGGCUUUAGUAUGAUACUGUAUAGACAUGAUAUUAAAGUUUUUUCUGAUGAGAAGUACAAGGCCUCUUAACACAUCUAUUGAAUGUAUGUAUGAAUAUUUACUUUCUUUUGUUAAUGUAUGAAGUGGGUAAUGCAAAUUAUUGCACAAAUACAAGUGAAAUAUUUCUCUAUUUAUGAUAAACACACUCAUCUUGCAUAUAUUUUCCCAAAUGUGUCUUUCAACCCUUAUGUUGAUGAAGUGUUGUGUAAAUCUAUUCAUCAGUUAUACAUUAUGGGCGGUAAUGUCGAUAAUGAUGUUGGAAGUAAUUUUACAUGACCAUUUUCUAUACGCGACAAUGCUUUCAUAAGACUCUACCUGCCAUACUGAAUGCAGAAAGACACACAGCUUGGGAAAUAAUACUUGGGUGAAGUGAGUUUACAUUCUCUGUAGUAGAGCAUUUAUUUCCAAGAAUGUAUAGUCUUAUUAACAGAUGUCCUUUUUGAGACGGCCGUUUAACGCUGUUUCUAAUCUUAACCAAAGUCCUCUGAUUGAGCCGACAGCACCAGAUCUCUCAUCUCGAAGGUACACACCCUGCAUUGGGAUUGGUGUUGAAGGUAACAUUUCCAAAUGUGCUACAGUAACUGCAUUAACAUUGUUUACAGGAAUUAUUACCUAGUUUUCAUUUAAUGCCCUUGACACUGUCUAAUGGAAUUUAUUUAAUUUUUUUCUGUAUAAUUGACUUACCCUUUAUGCCCUGACUACUUUUUGUUUGUUUUGAAUGACUACAUGAGGACUGCUAAGGUUGUAUUUUUUUUCUGCAUCUUUGAAAUAAACAGAAUGAAAAUAAGAAUUGAGGAUACAUGAAGGUUGUGUUAUUUGUAUCCGUGGGUUAUUGAGUUUUUAGAAUGUAAAAUUGUAUUUUAAGGCCAAAUUCAGUGAUUACAUGUAUCUGCCUUAUUUAUAGAGCUAAAUAAAUCUGUUGAUGAAAAAAUA